AUGAGUGAGCGAACAGCACUGGGGUCCACGAUGGAGACUCUGACCCUUGAGGAGCCCGGGGGCGAUCAGGAGUCCCCCCAGGCUCCGGGGCCCCUCCGCUGUGGCCCCUGUGCGGUGUGGCCACGCCAGCAGACCUGGCUGUGUGUGGUGCCCAUGUUGAUGGGCUUUGUAGGCCUGGGUCUGAGUCUCAUGCUGCUAAAGUGGAUUGUGGUGGGUUCAGUCCAGGACUAUGUGCCCACAGACCUGGUGGAUGCAAAGGGCAUUGAACAAGACCCCAUAUUCCUGUCCAAACCCAGCGCCCUCCCCAAAGCUCCAGACACCACAACCACAUCCACCAUCGGCUCAGGAGCCAGUGUAGGGCCCGGUUCCUCCACGCGCUCGUCUGACAGCACGGGCACGGUGCAGAGGACUCGACUGUCCCAGCCAUCCAACCACACCGCCAGCAGCAGCAGUAAUGCUGGACCUGGAGUCGGAGGCCCGGGAAACCGAGCCCCACACCUCCACAACAGGGUGGGCACGCGACUGACAGGGACUACCACUACCACCUCCACCCGCUCCACCAGACCGGCACCACCAGUGGGGGGGAAGGAGGCCACCCCUCGAAACACCACCAUCAAGAAGGCCGGGGGAGUGGGUAACGGACAUAACGCAUCCCCUUCUACACGAGGUGCCACUCCCAGCCCCACCUCAACAACCAGUACCAGUACCACCACCAUCUCCACACCAAGCACGACCUCCACCCGAACAACUCGGCCCACCUCUCCACUGCCUCCACCCACCAGACCCAGUCAGCGCUGGAAUCACGGCCGAUCCUCCAAAGGCCCGUCCACCAAGCCAACACGGCCACAGCACCGCUUCAGAACACUUGCCCCAACGACUUCGACAUUGCGGUCCGAGUUUUUCCGACCGUGCCGGGAGAGCCAGGAUCUGGCCUUUUGUCUGAACGACGGAGAGUGUCACAUCAUUGAGACAGUUGCAGGACUGCACAGACACUGCCGGUGUAAGGAGGGCUACAAAGGACUGCGCUGUGACCAGUUUGUUCCCAAGACCGACUCCAUCUUAUCUGACCCAACCGAUGAACUGGGGAUUGAAUUCAUGGAGAGCAAAGAGAAUUACCAGAGGCAGAUCCUGUCAAUCUUCAGCAUCGCCAUGGGAAUCAGCCUGCUGGGCGUGGCCUGCAUGGCUCUGUACUGCCGUAAUAAGAGACAGAGGCAGAAGCACCGGGUUCAGCUGUGUGAGAUCAGAAACCUGAGGGACUGCACUGUCAACGCCUCUGGACUCAUGUCCAAAUCUACCCCACGGUCUGAGUGUGGCCUACAGACAGAGAAGUGUUGUAAAGUUCAUGGCCCCUCCCCACCACAAGGGGGCAGGGCUGCCACCAGAGCGUCAGCUGCUGCACUGUCCAAUCACAUGACCAUGGGGAAACAUCGCAGGAGCUGCUCCUUGUCCUCAAGCCCCGCCCAAAAACACAAGGUCACCAAUCAUCGAUCUGCUUCUCGAUGGACUCCGCCCACUUCAAGAGGGAGGCCUAAUCUCCUUGGAGGAUCACGAGACAGUGUUCACGCCUACAAACACCUCCAGGAGGCGGAGCCAAGAGAGGCAACGUCAGAAUCUCUGAGAGGGUUCCAGUCUGAGAUUGAUGGUGGAGCCCAGUCGUGUGUGAAUAUGCAAAUCCUGGGGUCUGUCCAGUCCAGAGGGAAGCUGGAACCUGCUGAUGUCCCCUGCACUCGUCUGGACCAGGGCUCUGCCCAGGCCUCACCACCCUCCCUGCGUGCCCGCUCUGUUCCUGUCAUCACCUCUGCUCAGGGAGGUGACUUUGGGUGGGGCCUAAUGGAAGGGGACGACAAGGCCACGCCCACCGAGGGGAGCGGUGCUGUCAGUCACAUAGUCGCUGAGAAUGAUUCUCCGGAGAGCAGUAGUGUGCCAUUGGCCGGUCUCUCGGAGGGCGCACACACAUUUGCCCCCUGCUUUGAGGCUGCCCUAAGCCCAGGGCCUGAAUCCAAACACAAAAGCCUUGUCACCUACACCACAGCCUUGGGAUCAGGCACAGGUCCCAGCAGAGCAAAGACUAUCAUCUCCACAACUGUUCUGGGAUCAGGAGGGCCGUCCACACAAUACACUGCCAGACUCCUCUCCAGGUCCACUGGGAGGUUGGAGAUGCAGCAUGUCCAUUCCCCUGUGCUCAUUAAAGCAGCUCCGCUCCUCACGCAGCUCCACUCCGAUAUCAGAACCGGCCGAGACAAGACGGGCCAGUCUGGAUACCAGAGAUACCAGUCUGGAAUUAGCACGGCGGUCCGAGGAAUCCAGCUCGAUUGCAGACGCAAUCAGGACGGAUACAGCGGGUUGCUCUCUCGUCCUUUUCCUGACACAAAUGGAGAUAUCUCAGGGAGUGCUCUCCCUUUCCGUUUUUGUGUCCCCUGCAGCUCUGGCAGCUGUGACACCCAGGCGAUAAGCAGCAGAGUGACCUGCAUCUCUCAGGGCUCUGCUGUGUCCUCCAUGCGUCUGAGAGGAGACUUGUUGGGCUCUGUGUUCGCCAUGCUGUUUGUCUAG